GCAGAACCGCGGGCACUGGGUCACCAAGCUCAACAGCGGGCACCGAGUCAUCUGGCAGGACAGCAGGUACCGAGUCAUCUGGCAGAACCGCGGGCACUGGGUCACCAAGCUUGACAGCGGGCACCGAGUCAUCUGGCAGGACAGCGGGUACCGAGUCAUCUGGCAGAACCGAGGGGAACUAGGUCACCAAGCUCGACAGCAGGCACCGAGUCAUCUGGCAUGACAGUGGGCACCGAGUCAUCUAGCAGAAGCACGGGCACUGGGCCACCAAGCUCGACAGCGGGCACCGAGUCAUCUGGCAGGACAGCGGGUACUGAGUCAUCUGGCAGGACAGCGGGCACUGGGUCACCAAGCUCGACAGCGGGCACCGAGUCAUCUGGCAUGACAGCGGGCACCCAGUCAUCUGGCAUGACAGCGGGCACCAAGCCAUCUGGCACGACAGCAGGCACCAAGUCAUCUGGCAGACAGCGGGCACCGAGUCAUCUGGCACGACAGCGGGCACCGAGUCAUCUGGCACGACAGUGGGCACCGAGUCAUCUGGCACGACAGCGGGCACCGAGUCAUCUGGCUCGACAGCGGGUACCGGGUCAUCUGGUUCGACAGCGGGCACCGGGUCAUCAGGCAUUGGAUCGUCUGGCUUGACAGCGGGCA